UGCUCUGUAUUACAAAUAGAAACCCACUAAUGAAAUUGCAUUUUUAAAAUAAAUUAUUAAUGAUAAACGUAACGUGUUGAAGCAUAAAGUGGCAGGUGUUUUGGAUUGAAGAGCAGCACCUGUUGAAAACGGGCUGAGGAGCGCGUGCCGUGUGACGACAUCACGUUUAAUAAAGAACAGGAUUCCUGUUAACUACAUCCUUGCGAAACACUGCGACAAUGAUCUCAGUCGGCUUGAAGCUGAGCGUCCUCCUCGUGGUUCUCUUUGGCUUCACGCGCCACUGUGUUCAAGGAGUGUGCCGCGUGGAGCAUUGCACCAACAGCACCAGGUGUCUUCUGUCUGAAGACCAAAGGCGAUGCAAAUGUGUCAACGGAUAUUAUUCGGACAGAUGUGACAAAAAUGCACGCAUCAAAGUUAUGUGCGGCAAGGACUUCAUUGCAAUCAGAGCGAUGGAAGAUUACUUCACGUUUCACAACGUACCGCUGGAGUCGCUGCACUUGCCCAACAAAUCAUGCCGUCCUCAGAGGGAGGUCAUCGACGGUGUGCCGUACUUCAUGUCCAAGAUAUCUAAAGAUGAAUAUCAAAUGUGUGGAGGCAAGCCGCUGACGGAAAAAAAUCACAUCUCCUAUUCCCUGAGUCUCCAGUCAGACCCUCAGGUUAUUGGAAACAUCAUCAGAAAUCCAGUCAUCAAGAUGGACUUCACCUGCGUCUAUCCGUCCAUCAGAACAGUCAGCCUGCCUUUCCCAGUCAUCCACUUUGCCAGUGAGAUGGUGAUGCAUGUUGACGAACUCGAUGCCAACAUACAGAUGAUGCUGUACACGGACCAGUCCUAUUCAAAAGCCUACAGUAGUGCCCCCACCAUUGGACUCCGAGACAAGGUGUACGUGGAGGUGACUGUCACGGAGCCCGCGGACUACUUCCUGCUCCGGCUCAAUGAGUGCUGGGCCACGCAGUCCCCCCAGCCCAACACCACGGCGGGAUUGUUGUACACUCUGCUUCUGAACGGGUGCGUGAAUGACGAGACCGUGUCCUUUCUGAACGUGAGCGCCGGAGAGUCUGGCGGCAACGGAGAAAGUUCCACCAUUCGCUACAGCUUUGACAUGUUUCGCUUCACAGCAGAACCUCACGACCUCUAUCUGCACUGCACCGUUGAACUGUGCACGCCAGAAGAGCACAGCUCCUGCACGCCCAACUGUAAUUCAAUCAGUAAGAGGGAAGCGAUGUGGUCAGACCCCUCUCUGGGCCUCCUGUCAUAUGGACCCAUCAGGAUCGACAUGCCGGACGGACAUCAAUCCAGCAUACUGGCGACAGUGGUGCUGCCGGUUGCGGGUGUCUGGAUUUUGGGCUUCUUCUUAAUCGUCCUCAUCACUGUGGUCAAGGCAGGCAGCAGGAGAUUCAAACUAACCGGGGAACCGUGACAACACUGUUGCUGGAAUAAACCUUAAAAAAAACUCAUUCGUAUCCAUUUAUUUGUCAGAUCAAGGUUUAUAAUCUAUUUGUAGGUCUCAUGAUAUUUUAUUUUCAUCUGCAGUGCGUCCAAAACUGUUUAGUAUGCCAGGGAUCUGCUCAUUAAGUACUGCUAU